AUGGCUGCACGAUCAGCACUGUCAUCGGCAAAGCCAAAGGCAACUGCAAAGACAAAACCAACAAAUAGUACAACAAAGCAAAUUACCACGAAAGUACAAAAUACCACAGUAGUAUCGGCUACCACGGCAACAUCAACUACGACGAAAAAGUCAACUGCCACGAAAAAAUCAACGACCACGACAAUAUCAACUACUACCACGACAAUAUCAACUACUACACCAAAGCCAACUACUACCACGACAAUCACGACUACAGAGUUACCAAUAAUAAGCAUAACAACGGAAAUGACAGAGACUGUCACAGAAGAUGCCGAUGGGUCACAAUCAGAAAUAUUAGAUAAUUCAGAUGCAAUCGCAGACUAUGAAGAGGAAGCAUCCCUUCCAAAUGCAACGGCUUCAUCAAGCAUCGAUCAUACAACAACUAUAACAGCAAACAAAAAAGGAUUGAUUAUAAUAACUACGACUAGCAACGAUAAGAAAAAUUCAAGAAAAACAUCACAAAAGUCAAAAUCUAAACUGCCUCUUGUAUUGGGAUUAAUCUCUGGUGGCCUUACGAUUAUUGGUCUAUUGGGAUGUUUAAUUAUUUAUGCAUUAAUCGAUCGACGCAAGAUCAAAAUAUUCAAUCGAUCUGAAGGAAGAAAAAAAAACAAUAGACUCAAAGGACUAACUGAUUCAACAUCCACAAUUCCUGAUGGUAGUUCUUCUCAAAGAUGA